UGAGGAGCGUGUGAGUGACGGUCAGGAGAAAGUGAUGAAUCUGAAGAAAGACGUGGCGGAGAUGCGCGAGUGGAUGAUUCAAGUGGACGAGGAGUUUCUCAUGAGAGACUUUGAGUACAAGAGCCCUGAGGAGCUGGAGGAGGCGCUGCAGGAGAUGAAGAGGGCUAAAGACGAUGUGUUGCAGAAGGAAGUGCGUGUGAAGAUUUUGAAGGACAACAUUAAUGUUCUGAUUAGUAAGAUGCCCCCUGGUGGUCCUGACCUGAGCCCUGAGCUCACUGAAGUGCUGCACAACUACCAGAAACUCUGUGAUCGCUUCAAGAGCAAGUGCCACACGCUUGAGGAGGUGUGGUCCUGCUGGAUCGAGCUGCUGCAGUAUCUGGACGUGGAGUCUGGCUGGUUAAAGACGCUGGAAGAGAAAGUUCAAGCCACUGAGAACGUCCCAGAAAACACAGAGUCUAUCAGCGAGGCUCUGGAGUCUCUGGAGUCGGUUUCUCUGCGUCAUCCGGGUGAUAACAGGACUCAGAUCCGAGAGCUGGGCCAGACUCUCAUAGACGGAGGCAUUCUGGACGAAAUCAUCAGCGAGAAACUGGAGAACUUCAAUUUGCGCUACGAAGAUCUGACUCAGCUGGCUGCCGCACGUCAGAUGUCUCUGGAGCAGAAGUUGGGGACUCUGAGAGAGAACGAGACGGCCUUACACACACUACAGACGUCCCUGACGCAGCUGGACCAGACGCUCACCUCGUACCUCACUGACCGCAUCGACGCCUUCCAGCUGCCCACAGGAAGCUCAGGGAAGCUGGCGCCUCGGUCCUGA